CCCAUAUCUCAUCCAUUAAUCGUUCCGGUGUGGUUGCCCGCCCCCCGCCGUCUGCUCAUUCCAUCAUGUCUCGCCGCGAAGAUUCCAAGGCUAGGGAUGACACUGUCACCGUUAACGUUGAAGAUUUUACCCGCACUCGCGACAGUGUUGUCUCCAGCCUAGUGCAACUGUCGGCCGCGGUCUCUGAGCUGACCAAGGCCUACCUCAACCAUGCCGACACUGUCCUGGGUCGCACCCCUACUGCCCUGGACAUCAGCAGCAUCACCGGCAUCACCAGCUCUUUGUAUGAGUCUGGUCUGCUUGGUGCGCGCGCUACCAGCCCUGGUGCCAAGUCCGAAGUGGGCGAGAAGAAGAAGCGCAAGCGUGCUCCCCCGGACCCCAACGCGCCCAAGCGCGCCUUGACUCCCUUCUUCCUUUACAUGCAGCACAACCGCUCCCGUAUUGCUGAGGAGUUGGGUCCCAAUGCCAAGCCCAAGGAAGUCUCUGACGAGGGUACUCGCCGUUGGGCUGAGAUGCCUGAACCCCAGAAGGAGGUCUGGAAGAAGCUGUAUGCGGACAACCUUGCCAUCUACAAGGAGAAGGUGAAGGCCUACAAGGCUGGUCUCCCUUACUCGGACGAUGCCAAGGCUGCGAGCCAGCUGCACCAGGGUAUUGAGGGCGCCGAGGCCACUGAGGCGUCUGAAGAUGAGGAGCAGGAAUCCGAGGAAGAGUCCGAGGAGGAGUCUUCUCCCGAGCCGGUCAAGGAGCCCACUCCCCCGCGCAGCACCAAGCGUCGUCGCAGCGAGGGCAAGCCUGCUGCCAAGGAGGCACCGACCCCCAGCGAGAAGAAGAAGGAGUCCCCCGAGAAGAAGAAGCGCGGCGCUGCUGCUCGCAAGGAGAAGGAGCAGGAAGAAACCCCUGCUCGCAAGGCUGCAGGUGGCGAGAACAAGCGCGCCACCAAGAAGAAGCGCAAGAGCGAGGCCGGUGCUGAGGAGUAAGUAUGACCAGUAUGAGGCGAUUGGUGAUCUUGAUCUGGAAAAGGCAUGGUGUUUCAAAUUGGAAUUGGGUGCCUGUCUACUGCCACUGGUAGUUUCUACGUGAUGUAAAUUUUGUCCCUUUAUAUGACUACUCUCUGUGUGUGUAGCAUAUUGCGGAUUGGUUUGUUGGGAGCCAUUGCUAUUGGGGUCGCUGUGUUAUCUCUUUUACAUUCCUAGGACCUGUUGGCGUCUUGACUGUUUUGCGCUUUGCGGGGUGUUAUUCAGUUGGGGCUGGGUCAUUGAUAGUUCAAUUUGAAUGGAAGACAAAAAAAAGAAUAAAAAGGAAGAAGAAAAGCUUAAUUUUAACCUAAAUG